CCUGUCCCAGCAACAGGAAGUGACGUGAGAAACCGAGGCGGAAGUCGCUUCUUGUAAUCGGGAAUUAGCUGUUUCCAAGGGGGCGCCGGGCCGGGCGGAGAUGGGGACCCCCUUGGUGGCCAGUCGGGGCCGGCGCUUCAAGUGGGCCAUCGAGCUGGGCGGCCCGGGCAGCGGGGGCAGGGGCCGCAGCGACCGGGGCAGUGGCCAAGGUGAAUCCCUCUAUCCCGUGGGCUACUCAGACAAGCAGGUCCCUGACACCAGCGUCCAGGAGACCGACCGUAUCCUGGUGGAGAAGCGGUGCUGGGAUGUGGCGCUGGGGCCGCUGAAGCAGAUCCCCAUGAACCUCUUCAUCAUGUACAUGGCUGGGAACACCAUCUCCAUCUUCCCCACCAUGAUGGUCUGUAUGAUGGCCUGGCGCCCUCUGCAGGCCCUUAUGGCCAUCUCUGCCACCUUCAAGCUUCUGGAGAGCUCUAGCCAGAAGUUCCUGCAGGGGCUGGUGUAUCUGAUCGGGAACCUGCUGGGGCUGGCGCUGGCUGUCUACAAGUGCCAGUCCAUGGGGCUGCUGCCCACCCAUGCCUCUGACUGGCUGGCCUUCAUCGAGCCCCCUGAGCGGAUGGAGUACACAGGUGGGGGGCUGCUGCUAUGACCCACAAUUCUCGUAGCCCCUGGAGUGAUGGCAGCCCCACCACCCCCUGCUUAGCACCCCCCCCAAGGGGGAGGCUGCUAAUGAACCUGCUGUGUGGGGUGGGAGGCCGGGUGCACCCUACAAGAACAAUCUGGAUCUUCCCUCCCCUAGGCAAGCCCAGCCCUUGUGCUCCCUCUCUGGCCUUUAGAGACACACUUAACGUAUAAAAUUUUAUUCUUUACACAGUUCUGGUACAGAGCAAAAAAAAUCCCUCCUGACCCCCAACACUGUAAACUGGGGCUUGAUCCCCAAUAAAUUAAAAGCCCCCCACCCCCCAAGGAUCAAGUAGUGGCUGCCAGGCCCGGUCUUCCACUUGAAGCCGCAAAGGGAGAGGAGAUUGGAUUUGCCUGGUUCAAGGCUGCCCUGGGGGCUCCAGAAACCACUUGUCCAGCCUGCCCUGAUUAGUGCUGAGAGACAACAACAUCUGGGGUGGGUGGUGGGGACACCCCCCCUCCCCCAGCAACCCCAGGACUAUGGGGCAGAAGUGAAUGUGAAAUAAAAACUUAAGCCACAUG